GCAUUUUACAGUCCCUUCCUGGUGAGUCCCUAGAGACGAUGAUCUAGCCAGCGUUCAUCGAUCCGCUUCGGAACCAUGGAAACAGCCGACAGCGUUCUUCGACGAUGGAUACGAAGGACAGCAGCGAGGAAGAGGAGGAGCGGAAUGUGUCGUCGUUUACAAAAUUCGACGAGAGUAUCGUGGUAAGAAACGCCGAGGAGAUAGAAAGCCCGGUGAUUCGUAGACCGACCAGCUCCAGACGAUCCAGGCAACGUCCGACGAAUCCGAACGAGAACACCUCUAUGGGGGUGAACUCGCCGAGGGAUAAACUGUUCGGAAGGUACUCCGACCGCGAUAACAGCUUCGGAAAGUCGAUGGUACUGAACAGCGAUCCCUCGGACAGCGAGGAAACCGAUGACGACGACAUACAGGGAACGAGCAACGCUCAGCUCGUCGAGAUUUACAAUCCUAAGGAUUUCGAGGAUUUGGAAGUAUCCAUGGAAGCGAAGGAACUGUUUCAGAACAUAAUGAGGUACACUCCGCAAAAGGUAGAGCUGAACUAUAAGCUAAUACCGUUUAUACCCGAUUAUAUCCCGGCUGUCGGCGACAUCGACGCGUUCAUAAAGAUCCCGCGACCAGACGGCGUCGAAGAUAAAAUCGGUUUGACAGUACUGGACGAGCCGUGCACCGAUCAAUCAGACCCGGCCGUGCUUCAUCUGCAAUUGCGCAGCCACUUGAGAAGCGCGGGUGCAGCCAGGCAGGCGGUGAUAAAACGAGUCGAGGACGCAGAGAAGAACGGGAAAUCCAUCGAGAAGUGGAUAGAGGACAUAAAUCAGCUUCACAGAAGCAAGCACCUGCCCGCUGUUCAAUUGACGAAACCGAUGCCAGACAUCGAUUCGUUGCUUCAGCAGUGGCCGCCGGAAGUCGAGGAGAAGCUGAACGAAGCCGAGCUCGACUUUACCCGUUUGAACUGCGAUCUACCGGAACUGGUCGAUCUCGUCUGUAAUCUCCUCGACAUUCCUUCAGAGGAAGACGACAGAUUAGAAGCGUUACACACGCUCUUUACGCUUUAUCUCGAGGUUCGAAACGUUCGAGCACAAAAAUAUUGAAUACCUCAAGCUGAGGGUUCGCGUGUAAAUACGUUUAAUCAUUGACAUUUCGCAUCGUUUCCUCUUUUUAUUGUAUCAUAAUAUGGAAUGUAUACACAGACGAAAAUACAUGUAUACUUGAGAAAAGUACGAGAUUAGCCUUGCCAUCAUCAAUUACUCAUUGUCAGACACAACUACAGACAUCCCUAAUCGGAAACGUAACUUAUGAUUAUCAGUAUCAAUUUCGUAAUGUACGGAAUUAAUUUAUCUCGCGUCAAACGACUUUAAAGAAACGAAUAC